UUGGCAAAUAAAUACUGGGCUCCACAUGUGAAGAAAAAAUUGUCUUUUGAUUCAAAGGUUAUUGAAGAUGUAUAUACAAAAGAAAUUGUCAGAUCAAAGUUUGCUAUUAGAAAGAUAAUGCUUCUUGAAUUCAGCCAGUACCUUGAAAAUUACCUGUGGAUGAAUUAUUCUCCAGAGGUGUCCAGUAAGGCGUAUUUAAUGUCAAUCUGCUGUAUGGUGAAUGAGAAGUUCAGAGAGAAUGUCCCUGCGUGGGAGACAUUCAAAAAAAAGACAGAACACUUUCCCUUCUUUUUUAAAUGCAUACUGGAAGCAUCGCUGGUUGAAAAUGACAGUGAAUACUCUCUUCAUGAACAGACAGUCUUGCUGCUUUUCCUUGAUCACUGCUUCAAUAGUUUGGAAGUGGAUUUGAUCAGAGGACAGGUGCAGCAGCUCAUUUCCUUACCAAUGUGGAUGGCCCUACAACCUAAACGUCUGGAACAAGAGCUGAGAAAGACACCAAAACUAAGAAAAUUCUGGAAUCUAAUUAAGAAAAAUGAUGAGAAAAUGGAUGAGGAGGCCAGAAUGCGAGCAUAUCAGGAGAGAAGAUUUCUUUCACAGCUCAUUCAGAAAUUCAUUUCUGUGCUGAAAUCAAUACCUGUCUCAGGUCCUAUUUCUAUGGACAAAGUCCAUUAUUGUGAGAGAUUCAUUGAACUCAUGCUAGAUCUUGAGGCUUUGCUUCCCACACGGCGCUGGUUUAAUACAGUGUUGGAUGACUCCCAUCUUGUUGUUCACUGUUACCUGUCCAGUCUUGCUAAAAGAGAGAAGGAAGGUCAUCUCUUUUGCCAGCUUUUAGAUAUGCUUAAAUUCUACACUGGCUUUGAAAUCAACGAUCAGACAGGAAAUGCUUUAACAGAGAAUGAGAUGACAACAAUUCAUUAUGACAGAAUUACUUCUUUACAGAGAGCAGCAUUUGCACAUUUCCCAGAGUUACACGACUUUGCACUCUCCAAUGUAGCUGCAGUAGAUACUCGUGAUUCACUGUUGAAGAUAUUUGGGCCACUUAGCUCAAAUACUCUUCACCAGGUGGCGUCAUACCUCUGCCUGCUGCCGCCUCUUCUGGAAGGAGAAGACUCGAGCUAUGAGAAGGAGUUUCUGUUGGAAUUGCUGGUUUCCCGUCAUGAGCGACGAAUAUCUCAAAUUCAGCAACUCAACCAGAUGCCUCUUUAUCCCACAGAGAAGAUCAUUUGGGAUGAAAAUAUUGUACCAACUGAAUAUUAUUCUGGGGAAGGCUGCCUUGCACUUCCCAAACUGAAUCUACAGUUUCUGACUCUACAUGACUACCUGCUGAGGAACUUCAAUCUUUUCCGCUUAGAGUCUACCUACGAGAUCAGACAGGACAUUGAAGACAGUGUCAGUAGGAUGAAGCCAUGGUUAUCGGAAUAUGGUGGUGUCGUUUUUGGUGGAUGGGCUAGGAUGGCACAACCCAUUGUGUCUUUCACAGUGGUGGAGGUGGCAAAGCCCAAUAUUGGUGAAAACUGGCCCAUGCGAGUACGAGCCGAUGUUACAAUUAAUUUGAAUGUCCGAGAUAACAUCAAAGAUGAAUGGGAAGGUCUGCGUAAACAUGAUGUCUGUUUUUUGAUUACGGUACGUCCCACGCAACCUUAUGGCACCAAGUUUGACCGACGACGACCUUUUGUUGAACAGACUGGCCUGGUCUAUGUCAGAGGCUGUGAAAUCCAGGGCAUGUUGGAUGAGAAAGGACGUGUUAUUGAAGAAGGACCUGAACCCAAACCAAGACUUAGAGGGGAUUGCAGAACCUACAGAGUAUUUCUGGACCCAAACCAGUAUCAACAAGACAUGACCAACACAAUCCAAAAUGGAGCAGAAGAUGUUUAUGAGACAUUUAAUAUAAUAAUGAGAAGAAAGCCAAAAGAAAACAAUUUCAAGGCUGUUCUGGAGACUAUUAGGAAUUUGAUGAACACAGAUUGUGUGGUUCCUGACUGGCUACAUGACAUCAUUCUUGGAUAUGGAGACCCAAGUAGUGCACACUACUCAAAAAUGCCAAAUCAGAUUGCAACUCUGGAUUUUAAUGACACUUUCCUUUCCAUUGAUCACUUAAAAGCUAGCUUUCCUGGAUACAGUAUUAAAGUGACUGUUGACAAUCCAGUUCUUCAAAUACCCCCCUUCAGGAUAACUUUUCCAAUAAAGGGAGGUAAAGGAAAGAAA